UGAAGAAAGAGAUGGGGAGAGAGAGAGAGCCACAAAUCAAUAAUUUGUGUUUUGGUCAACCACAGCAAUAUAAAGAUCAACCCAGUUCUGUUAUAACAAGGUAUACUUCCAGCCCCACCCUGUUCUCUUCCCGUGCAGCCAUGGCAGCCCAGGUGAAUUCCAUUAUUGCUGGUAUGGUUAUGGCUAUGGUAGUGAUCGUGAUGGUGAUUGCAAGAGUGGUGAAUAGGGUGUGGCAGAGGCCUAAACGACUUGAGAGAUGCCUCAGACGACAGAACCUCAACGGCAACUCGUACAGACUUGUGUUCGGAGACUUGAAGGAGAUGGGUCGCAUGAUUGAACAAGCCAAAUCUAAGCCCAUCUCUAUAGAUGAUGAUAUUGUUCCUCGUAUCAUUCCUUUUCAUCAUCAAUUGUUUCAAAACUAUGGCAUGAAUUCCUUUAUGUGGUUUGGUCCAUAUCCAAUGGUGACAAUUGCAAACCCUGAAGACAUAAAGGAGGUUUUCAACAACAUUUCUGUGUUUGAAAAGCCACCUAACAAUCCACUGGGUAAACUUCUAAUUACCGGCAUAUUAGACUACAAUGGAGAAAAAUGGAGUAAACACAGAAGAAUUGUCAACCCUGCCUUUCAUCUUGAGAAGUUGAAGCUGAUGUUACCAGCAUUCUAUGAGAGUUGUAAUGAAAUGGUAAAGAAAUGGGUGAGAUUGGUGAGUGAAAGUCAGAGAGACUAUUGUGAGAUAGAUGUGUGGCCUUUCUUUCAAAGCAUGACUGGUGAUGCCAUAUCCCGAACUGCUUUUGGAAGCAGCUAUGAAGAAGGUCAAAAGAUAUUCCAACUCCAAUCUGAACAAGCUAUUCUUACCAUCAAAGUCCUUCAAUCUGUUUAUAUCCCAGGUUGGAGAUUUGUGCCAACUAAGCUGAAUCGGAGAUUGAAAGAAAUUGAGAAGGAAAUACAAGCAUUAGUGAGGGGAAUCAUUCAGAAAAGGGAAAAGGCUAGGGAAGCAGGAGAGGCCCCAAGUGAUGAUUUAUUAGGUAUACUUUUGGAAUCCAAUUGCAAAGAAAUCAAAGACAAAGGCAACAAGAAUAAUGUGGGAAUGAGCAUUGAGGAUGUCAUCAAGGAAUGUAAAUUGUUCUACUUAGCAGGACAAGAGACAACCUCUGUACUCCUUAAUUGGAUGAUUGUGUUACUUUGCAAGUAUCCCAAUUGGCAAUCUCAAGCAAGAGAAGAAGUCUUUCAAGUAUUCAGCACUCAAACACCUGAUUAUGAUGGCUUAAAUCGCCUUAAACUGGUAAGUAUGAUAUUAUACGAGGUUCUUAGGCUAUACCCUCCAACUCCUAUGUUGACUAGGGCUGUGUCAAAGGAUACAAGGCUUGGAAAUAUGAAUUUACCAGCUGGAGCUCUAGUUGGGAUUCCAGUAAUUCUAGUGCAACGAGAUCCUCAGUUGUGGGGGAAAGAUGCAAAGGAGUUCAAUCCACAAAGAUUUUGUGAAGGAAUCUCUAAAGCAACUAAGAGCCAAGGUUCAUAUGUUCCAUUUGCUUGGGGUCCAAGGGUAUGCCCUGGCCAAAAUUUUGCUUUGCUUGAAGCAAAAAUGGCUCUGUCCUUAAUUCUCCAAAACUUUUCUUUUGAGCUUUCUCCAUCUUAUGCUCAUGCCCCUUUCUCUAUUUUGACCCUUCACCCUCAAUAUGGCACUCAUAUCAUUUUGCGAAAACUCCAAAAUUAUUAGUUAAAGUUUCAUCAUAACACACUCUUGGAGGGAAUUUUAUGCAUGUCUUGGUGUGUGAAAGAGUUGGUUGUUCAUAAAUCACAAGAAUGUAAUGUGAUUCAUUUAAUGAACUCUAUUUAGUAAGGUAAAGCUUCUUGUUGUUUAUAUUUCGAUGUCAUGACAAUAUGCAUGUAUAUAUAUUUUUUGUAAUGAAUAAAUAAUCAUCCUUAUAUUCCACAAA